AUGCCUACCGUUGAGUCGACGGCGGCAGACCAUGCCAUGGACGGGUUGAAAGAUCCAAAGCUGAUGCUCAACGACGUGGACGAGGCCGCCCAGCUGCUGGGGGACUUCGAUCAUGAGGUGCAACAACCAUUGUCGCCCCAGGACGAUCGCCGUAUUCUGCGCAAGGUCGAUAUGUGCCUUCUUCCUCUACUGUUCUUCUCGUACCUCUUCCAGUACCUCGACAAGCAAGCAAUGGGAUACAGCGCAAUCAUUGGUCUCAGAACGGACCUGCACCUAGUCGGACAGGACCACUCUUGGGCGAGCAGUAUUUUUUACUUUGGAUACCUCUCUGCGUCCGGUAUUGUUGCUUUGUUGAUUGUUCGCUUGCCCAUAGGCCGCUUCAUGUCUGUUUCCAUAAGAGUUUGGGCGGCCAUUCUCAUGCUUACCGUACUGGCCAAGAACGCAUCAGGCCUUUGGGCAGCACGCUUCUUCCUGGGAUUUGUUGAGUCUGCUAUUGCGCCUUCUAUGAGCCUUAUUAUAUCACUGUGGUACAAGAGGUCUGAACAGCCCAUUCGACAGACAGCCUGGUUUAUGGGAAAUGUCAUCGGCAGCUUAUGUGGUGGCUUGCUGGGAUAUGGCAUUGGACACGUUCACUCGAUCGCACCUUGGAAGAUCAAACGAUAUCAAAUCGUGGAGGCAUUCCUUGACCCCAAGACAUGGCUGCUUGCUGCGUUCCAAUUUACACAAAACGUACCGAAUGGCGGCGCGGGUUCGUUUGCCUCGAUUGUCGUCGAGGGAUUUGGUUUCAAUGAACUCAACACCCUUCUUGUCCAGAUGAUUGGGACCGGUUUCCAAAUUUUUUUUGUUGUGAUGUCUGCACUUGGUAGCACAUACCUCAAAAACACGCGUACCUUGUGGAUGGCUUGGAAUACCAUCGUCGCACUUGUUGGAAGCGUCAUGAUUCGGCAAAUCUCAUCUGAGCAUAUCUGGGCUCGUUUCAUGGGAUACUGCUUUAUCAUCGUCUUUUCCGCCAACUUCCCGCUAACAAUGGCCAUGAUUACAAGCAACACUGCUGGGUUUACCAAGAAGUCCACGGUGACUGCAAUCGUUUUCGUGGCAUACUGCGCCGGUAACAUUGUCGGGCCUCAGAUCAUGUUUGCUGAUCAGGCGCCUAGCUACCCAUCUGGGUUCGCAGGAAUGCUUGUGUGCUUUGCUAUCUCGGCUGUGAUCAUUGUGGUACUCCGUUUCUAUCUGCAGUGGGAGAACAAGAAGCGCGAUGCCCUCGACGAGACGUCCGAGGUUAUCGAGGUCAACGGUGUGCCUGUAUCCUUGAAUCUGAUUGAUAGGACGGAUCCCUCGGCCACGCUGCCCGUCACCGAAACCGGCUACUUUCACAAGCUUUUCGGGGGAUAUCUUUCUUCACCGGCCCAAGCUCCAAAAACGUCCAACAACCAAUUCAUUUUGACCGUCUUGUCUUCAGAGGCAGAGCUUCUGCUGUUUGUAUUCAUGGCCACCAAAGGGGCUGCGCGGCUUCUGCUGAAGCGUGAGAUACAAGCGACUCGGACUUCAAUUCGUGCUGUUAACCCCAGACGCGGUUUCGCCCCGCCACCACCAACCCGGCGACAAUAUUGCAGUAUCGCCAGGCCGUUUAAUAUUCGCCAUCAACACGGACAGAGUCGAGCCUUUUCAGGCUCGGCGAGGAGGCAAGAUGCGGACGAAGCAGCUCUCGAUCCUAGUCAGGUUGAGAGGGAGUCGGACGAGGUAGAUGUCUGUAUAGUCGGAGGAGGCCCAGCAGGUCUCGCAGCGGCUAUUAGAUUGAAGCAACUCGCCAAUGAAGCAGGAAACGAGGAGUUUCGCGUCAUCCUCUUGGAAAAGGCUGGCGAAUUGGGAGCGCACAUAGUUUCAGGGAACGUCCUCCAACCCACCGCUCUAAAUGAACUGCUACCAGACUGGCUGGACGAAAAUAAUCCGUCGCGCUUCGAAAAUGUUACACCGGCUAAGAACGACAAGAUGCGCUUUUUGACGAAAACACGAUCGAUACCGAUCCCCGCGCCGCCUCAAAUGAACAACCAUGGAAACUACAUUGUCAGCCUGAGCGAGUUGACGAAAUGGUUGGGAGAACGCGCCGAGGAGCUAGGUGUUGAAGUCUAUCCGGGCUUUGCUGCUAGUGAAGUGCUGUACAAACCUGAUGGCUCUGUGCGCGGCGUUGCAACCAAUGAUUUGGGCAUUGGCCGAGAUGGAAAACCUAGAGAAAAUUUUGAGAGAGGAAUGGAGUUCCAUGCUAGAACCACCCUGUUGGCUGAAGGCUGUCACGGUAGCCUGACAAAGCAAGUUAUCAAAAAAUUCGAUCUCCGUCGGGAUAGUCAACCACAGACGUAUGGGCUAGGCAUUAAAGAAGUCUGGGAGAUUCAACCCGAAAAAUUCAACGCCGGCGAGAUUGUCCACUCCAUGGGUUAUCCAUUGCCAUCAGACACAUAUGGAGGAGCAUGGAUGUACCAUUUUGGUGAAAACCUCGUCAGCAUUGGAUUAGUUGUCGGGUUGGAUUACCCCAAUCCAUGGCUUUCUCCAUACCAGGAAUUCCAGAAACUGAAGCACCACCCUCUUUUCAAGGACGUACUUGAGGGGGGUAAGUGUAUUUCAUAUGGCGCGCGAGCCUUGAACGAAGGCGGUUUUCAGUCCAUCCCGAAAGUCGCAUUUCCCGGAGGAGCUUUGAUUGGGGAUACUGCCGGUUUCUUGAACGUUCCCAAGAUCAAAGGAACGCAUACUGCAAUCAAAUCUGGGAUGCUUGCAGCAGAGGCUACAUUUUCCGCCCUACAAGAUAACAGUGAUGGCAGUGUCUUUUUAUACAACUACGAGAACUCCCUGCGUGAAUCGUGGAUUUGGAAAGAACUCAAGGAGGUCCGAAACAUGCGGCCUUCAUUUGGCACCGCUCUUGGCUUGUAUGGUGGAAUUGUGUACUCGGGUCUCGAGGCUUUCAUUCUCCGCGGCAGGGCUCCGUGGACAUUGAAACAUCACUCCACCGAUUCUGCGGCGACGAAGCUGGCUUCUCAAUGCAACAAGAUUGAGUAUCCAAAGCCUGACGGUGUGAUCAGUUUCGAUAUUUUGACUAGUGUAAGCCGUACCGGAACCAACCACGAAGAGGAUCAGCCAGUCCAUCUGCAGGUCAAGGACUGGGAUGAGCAUACCACCGCAGCAUGGCCCAAGUACCGGGGACUAGAAAACCGAUUCUGUCCCGCUGGUGUGUAUGAGUACCUCGAAGACCCGUCUAAGGAGCACGGGGUCCGAUUUCAAAUAAAUGCACAGAAUUGUAUCCAUUGCAAGACUUGCGAUAUCAAAGUCCCGACUCAAGACAUCAACUGGCAGACUCCCCAAGGCGGCGAAGGGCCUAAGUACUUUAUGACCUAA